CACCGUCGGCGGAUCGCGCUUGGUGUUUAAAUAGUUAAAAUUAAAAAUCUUUUAGCUAUUUAAGUGUUAUCCUCCAGUUUUUGCAUCGUCAUUGUGUACAGUUUUGUUUUUCGUAAAACGAUUCAUAUCACCGUAAGGUUUCCUCCAACAUGGCAGCACUUACGAAAGGCGUCUUUAUUGUAGCAGCCAAGCGAACUGCCUUCGGUACUUUCGGUGGGGCGUUUAAGAACACCAAUGCUACCCAGCUGCAAACGGUGGCGGCCAAGGCAGCUCUCGAUGCCGCUGGGCUGAAGCCGGAACAGGUCGAUACUGUUAACAUCGGACAGGUGCUGGUUCUGUCGUCAACGGACGGAGCUUUCCUUCCUCGUCACGUCUCGCUCGGAUGUGGCAUUCCGAUCGAACGGCCAGCGCUGGGUGUGAACCGGCUUUGCGGAUCCGGUUUCCAGGCAGUCGUGAAUGGCGCACAGGAUAUUCUGGUCGGUGCAGCACACAUUUCACUGACCGGUGGCGUAGACAACAUGUCCCAGACGCCCUAUACACUCCGUAACAGCCGCUUUGGCAUUCCGCUUGGCACGAGCCCAGCAUUGGAGGACGCUCUGUGGACCGGUCUGACCGAUUCCUACUGCAAGCUCCCGAUGGCGCUGACGGCGGAAAAUCUGGCCGAAAAGCACAAGGUUCCCCGGGAGAAGGUGGAUGAGUUCGCGUACCGCUCGCAGCAGCUCUGGAAGAAAGCGAACGACGAGGGUGUGUUCAAGUCGGAAAUUACACCCUUCAAGCUGAAGGUCAAGGGCAAGGAGGUGGACUUUGCCGUCGAUGAACAUCCGCGUCCCCAGACCACCUUGGAGGGGCUUGCGAAAUUGCCCUCGUUGUUCAAGAAAAACGGUUGUGUCACCGCUGGAACGGCUUCGGGUAUCUGUGAUGGUGCUGCUGCGGUAGUGGUGGCAUCGGAAGAGGCCCUCAAGAAGUACAACCUCACGCCGCUAGCUCGACUAGUAGCGUACAGCACCGUUGGUGUCCCGCCAGAGAUCAUGGGCAUCGGGCCGGUUCCGGCGAUCCGUAGUGUACUGAACGUCGCUGGUCUGAAGCUGGACGAUAUCGAUCUGGUGGAAAUCAACGAAGCGUUUGGUGUGCAGGCUUUGUCCUGCGUGCAGGAACUUGGUAUUGAUAUGAACAAGUUCAACCUUAACGGUGGCGCGAUAGCCCUUGGACAUCCUCUCGGUGCAUCCGGUUCGCGUAUUACCGGUCACUUGGCACAUGAGUUGAAGCGCAAGAAUCUUAAACGUGCUGUAGGUUCCGCCUGCAUCGGAGGAGGCCAGGGUAUUGCUGUGUUGCUGGAAGCGGUUUAAAUCGAUUAUGGGAAAAACCUCGAAAAGAAAUGUUCCACUUGUGUGAGUUCUACCUCCGACAUUGAUAUGCGGUUCUUUAAAACAUUUUGAAGAAAAAACUUGAUAUAAAGUGUGAACUUCAUCAUUUAUUUUGUACAAUUUUAAGAUGGUAGAAGCGAUAAAAAAUGCAUUUCUAUAGA